AUGGCGCUGACGGGUGCCAAUGAUAAGGAGAAGCUGGAGCAGCUGUGCGCGAGGACCUACAAGGAACAGGCAGUGUGGUUCCUCAACUCAUUUUGGGGCGAUUUGAGCGAGGAGGCCGAGAAGCUGUGGCAGUUUGUGCACAAGUGCGCCGAGCUGAAUGAAGAGAAGAAGGCCGAGGGCUCGGAUCUGGAUGAGUUCCAGGCGCAUCGAUUCCUCGAGAACUUCAAGGAAUCGAUGACCGUGCAGGCCAUGAGGGAGAAGCUGCGCUCGACCGGCGCCAUCCAGGCCGGUCAAGUCGUCAAGCGCGUCCCGCUCACUCAUCUUCUCAUCUUCAAGUACAACAUCGAUUGGAAGUACCUCGUCAACGCCGUCCAGGGCAGCAAGGAGGAGAUUGAAAAGGCGCAGCGUAUGCUGGACGAGGUGCACAAUGCCUUCGUCCAGGCCAACGCCCGUGCCACGGAGGCCGCCGAGGCCGUGCGCGAGGCUGCCGCGCGUGAGGCCGACGCCCGCUCGCGCGAGGAGGAGCUCAAGGCCGCCAAGGCCGAGCUGGAACAGGCCCUCAACGAGCUCAAGGCCCAGGAGGACGCCUACAAUCACAAGACCGAGGACCUCAAGAAGCGGAGCGAGGAGGGCGGCGUCGUGCAGCGCAACAAGGCCAAGAACGAGCUCGCUCAGCACCUCGGCGAGGACCCGCUGCCGCUGCGCAAGGCCAAGAUCACCCAGGAGGCCGCCGUGAAGAAGGCCGAUCGAGCGGCCGUGGCCGCCAACGAGGCCGCCCAGCAGGCCGCCGAGGCCCGGGUCAAGGGAGAGGAGGCGCAGGCCGCGGCCGAGGCCGCCGUCGACGAGGCCCGUGCCCGCGUGGCCGAAGCCGAGGACUACGUCGAGAAGGCCAAGAAGUCCAUGCCCGCCGGUGGCGUGUGGUGGCUCGAGAAGGAGUUGCACGAGGCCAAGGCUUUCCUGCCCACAAGCAAGGGCGGCUACAUCAAGAGGAAGAUCACCGCCCAGCAGUGA